AAUACUUUGCAUGCUUCUCAUCUUCACCGUCGCCAACAAAAUCGCCCAUCUCAUUUACUAGCACCUGCUCUACACCACCUUUCACCGACUCCGGCAGAAUUACCGAGAGCGGUAAUCGGCCUACUGAGCAGUCAACAAAAAAAUAGCUUGAGUCACUUCUUCCCACUUAUACAGCUUUGCGGGAAUGGUUUGAACAUCUGGUGCUGUGCAACAACCAAUUCGAUUUUUUCAAACUCUUCUUACAUAUUUCCCCUCAUCCGCCCACUCGUUUAUCCGCCCGGCAUGGCAUGGCACUGACAGAAAACCGCCCGGUUGUCAGCACCGCUACUCUUUAAACUAACCCUUGCUUGCUCACCCUCCAACUCUGCCGCCUUUUCAUAUUCCGUCACCGCUUCAUCAUGAGUUGGAUUCACGCGGCCAAAAGAACCACCACGUUGCCCUCAUCGACAUGUGCCAAAUGCAGCGCUCGAAGACUCAGUGACAAAGCUCGCGUGCCACACGAGCCUUUGUCCACCACUUCUACCUCUCUCGCUCCGUCCUCUAAAGCUGUUGAGACAGUACGCCUCAUAUCUUCAUCGUCCUCUGUGGCUCGUUUACGAAAGCAAGCGCUCGAUAGAGACGUCCUAGUUUCUGUACUUGAGGCAUCCGCUACAAAGCGUGACGCCAAGGGCUAUCUUCAAAAGUACACUCUCAACAAGAACAAGGGCCUUUCAAAGAAAGAAUCCAAUGUCCCGAUUGAACCAGAACCGUCAUCAGGCUCCGCCGCGAGGGGCAACGUAGCAGUUGUCCUUCUACGCGAGCCACAGCUGUUGUCUGACGAAGUUCUUGACGGAGUGGCUCACACGUUUGUUCAACUUCGAUCCUUGGGCCUGGUCAGCACCAUUAUCGUCGAUUGCGGAACGCAAUGUGACAGAAACAUAUUCGACGAGCAGAGCAUGCGGCUAUGCCAAGCCAUUGACUCUUACAGCAAGCCUGGUGCCAAGGUCCUCGAUGAGAUGUUCUUUAACUCGUCAGAGUCCCAUUCACUCACAGUAGAUGACAGGGGGUUGCUUGUGAGGGCAUUGGACCAGGACUUGAUUACUAUUAUUCCGUCCCUGGCUUCUCCUGACUCUAUAUCAGCCACUCAGCCAGCUGAUGCACCUUCUGCGAUUGUUGCCCUUAUAACGUACAUAACCGGUAUGCAGAAGAGCCCCGUUCGAACAGCACGAAAUAUCGAAGUCCCGCCGACAUCAAUUGCCUCAGUCGAGCGCAUUAUCGUUUUGGACUCAAUUGGUGCAACUCCGAUGUUAGGGAAUUCUGGAGUUCGCCAUCGCUUUAUCAACCUAGAACAAGAGUUUGAUGGUCUUAUUGAUCAGCUCAAAGGUAAGGGUGGUGGUAUGGCUUCAACCAACCACGCAUCAAAUCUCAGCUUGGCCAAACAGGCUCUUUCGAUCCUUCCAGCAUCGGCGUCCGCGCUUAUUACAAGCCCUUAUGCCGCCGCUAACACACAUCUUCAGUCAGCCGCAACUGCUCAAAAAGAAACCGAAUCAUCAUGGGAGUUUGAAGACAUGGUCACAACACGAAAGAAACAAAAUCCGUUGUUAUACAAUCUCUUGACUGAUAAACCACUAUUCUCAUCCUCGCUUCCAUUCCAGCGGGUUGCCAAUGGCCAGCAGCACACAAGCCCGUCCAAUUCUUCAGCAGCAACGCUUGUCAAAGUUGGGCUUGCGUUAAGUAUUUAUCCUGAUCCCCGCAAAGCGCCUUGGACCCCUUCAAAACCAGGUUCGACACCGCAACGGCUGACGGAUUCUUGCGUUGAUCUCCCAAGGCUUAUCCACCUUAUCCAAGAUUCAUUUGAUCGAAAACUAGAUGUGGACGACUAUUUGAACCGCGUUAAAGAUAACUUGGCAGGCAUUAUCAUUGCCGGUGAAUACGAAGGUGGUGCUAUUCUGACAUGGGAGAAGCCGGAUCAUCUUACCCACGAAGAAGCAUAUAAGCAAGGUCGUUACGUGCCUUACCUUGAUAAAUUUGCUGUUCUUAAGUGCCGACAAGGUAGUGGAGGUGUGGCAGAUAUCGUCUUCAACGCCAUGGUUAGGGACUGCUUCCCCUAUGGUGUCUGUUGGCGAAGCCGCAAAAAUAACCCUGUCAACAAGUGGUAUUUUGAACGCUCCAUCGGCACCAGCAAGUUGAGCGAAAGUAACUGGGCCAUGUUUUGGACUACACCAGGCUUGGAGAUGGAUGGACAGAAGCUGAAGGACUAUGAGGCUGUUUGUCGGAGUGUUCAACCAUCUUGGGCAGAUAACAAACAUGUCGUGGACUAGCAUUCCGCCUCGGACCAUGUGGGAGUGGCUCAAGCACAAGCGGCGGCCGUGGAAUCCCCAUAGCCAUAUGCAACAUAUAGUAAACAUAAUAAUUGAAAUCAGGUGCCAGAUUGCUACCUGAUAUUGGUAAAUG